AUGGUAUCUGUAUCAAACCCACAAAAGUUGAACGAGGCUUUGGCCCACUACAGACGUCCAGAGAACGCUUCGGACUGGAUCAUCGUUGGUUACAGCGGUCCAGCCACCCUCGAGUUUAGACAGGCUGGUAAUGGCGGUGCCUCUGCCCUCAUCCAGCACUUGCGUGAUGAUGAGUGUGCCUACGUCUUUGUCAGAGAGGAGUACACCGAGGGCGAUGCAGGCUUCAAGGAGGGUGUCAUUGGCAACAAGGCCAACACAAAGGAUAUAUUCAUUGCCUGGACUGGUCCCAAGGUUGGAAUCAUCGAGAAGGGCAAGAAGAAGAGUCACGUCGGUGAUGCCAAGGUUUUGUUCCAGCCAUUCCAUGCCGAGUUGACUGCCAUCAACAGAGCCAACUUCAAUGAUGUCACUGUCAAGGACAGAUCCAACCCACUGUCUGGCUCCCAUGUCAUUGAUUAA